GUUACAAGCCUUAGCGCCAUAACGGAAGAGUGUAAGCAAAAAAAAAAUGAAAACAACUCCUCCGCUAAUCUGUCCACCGCCGCACGAGACAGUCAGCCAGCCAGAGGCGUCACGCAGCAGCUUUCGAUCACGCCUCACUAGUAAGUGUUGUGUGCUUCGAACGGUCUGAGGUGUUUCGAGUGUCACCGACCGUCGUCUUCUAAUCAUAUCUGUGGCUCGGUGUCCCCAACCGGCAGAGGUCAUCAAACGACAUCUCCGGAUUCGACCUUCACUGUCCUGAGAACGGUUGUCACCCGCCGAGGUUGUGCCUUCAUUGUUCCUAUCAUUCAAGGAAAUGAAACCGCAGCCGAGCCGCACCAUAUGGUCAGUCCCGGCUGAAGCACUUUUAUAAUCGACGGUGAGCGACUCAAGGUCAACGUGGCGACCUGAACGCUAAUGGACUCAAGAUGCUGUGUGAACUCUUCCGUUGAGCCGGUGCCAUAGUCAUUACCCGCGCAGCAACGUCCAGCAGAGUUGUCAUUUGCUCAACGGGAGGAAGUGGAUUUAUGGUGCGCUCGUCGCGGUAGUGCAUCGAUCGGAUUGCGGAAGACUUGGAUAUCAACAACAACAACAACAAAAAAAACUUAGCGAGGUUCGUUUUCUGAUGCUACAAAAAUGUCCUUCCUGCGCAACAUUCGCAACAAUUUGACCAACAACGGUCACUCCAAUGACCGUCGCAACACGAAACCUACCAAACCCGCUCGAAGUAUUAUCAGUGAUCGGAACACGGUGGAUCGCCGUGGGACCGACUCUGAACGAGAACGCUUCAACAAUGAUACCUACGGCAACAUCAGACGAGACAGUGGUUCCAGUCGACGGGGCAGCAUUUCAGCAACCCUGAAGCGAGAAUCGAAGUACGGAAAAGAAUCGCCGGCACCGAUAAUCGUCUACGUGGACAAGUACGAUACGGUACCCAAAAAGCCGACAGGAAUACUAAGGAAAAAUACAUUCACCAAGGUGGAUCAGGAAGAUAGUCGACGUGCGGCGAAUGCCAUCAGCCGUAGCGAUACGUUUACGAUCAAUGAGCUGGAGGAUGAGAAGGCCAGAACCAGUACUUAUACCAAAAAGAAAAAUAAAGACAAAUCUCAUGAUAACGUUUAUGAUCCACCGUACUCUAAAAACACCGACCUGACAUCAGAAGAGAACAUUCCGGUUGUCGUUGACAAUCGCACAUUUCGCAAAAAGUCGCUGAAAUCAUCGAAACCUGUUCAGAAAGUUGAAAGUUUCAUCAAGCGAUUUGAGAAAAGCUUGUUCAGGCAUGACUCAAAGAAAAAUGUUCGAAAAGACUCCAAUUCUUCGGAUGGUACGAUCGCGCCAAAGUUCCGUGAUAUUGGUAUCAACUGUAAGUUGGAUGAUGAAGAUAAAAUGAAGUCAAUUACUAGGAAGAAAAAAUCCGGAUCAAGGGAUUCAUUAUUGGAAACGAUGAAUCCGGAAUACAGUUCGUCAUCUCACAAAAGUUAUAGAGAAAACAGCUUGACACCACAAAAUAAAAGCCGGGCAAGAAGUGCGUCCCCUACGAAGCGUUAUUCCACGUAUGAUCGUAAAGACAUUCGUCGGAGUCGGGACGGACCUCCUUCUUCACUGGAAAGAUCCCACAGAACUCGUGACCGCAGCUCUUCACCAUUUGAAACUUUGGAACUCAAAUCGAAAUCCGCCGACAACAGCUAUCUCAAGGCUCGACAAAAGGAGAUUGAAAUGGGCUACAGCACAGUUAAUAAGAAGGUUCAAAACCGUAGUCCCGAUCGCAACAAGUCCGUUUUGGUCAAUUCAAGCCGAAGCGAGAAAUAUGACCCCGAUCAUGGCCGCAUCUACACAGUUACCACCAGCACUCACCGAGUAGAGUUCGACCGGCCACAUCAAUUCCGCACGGACACCUUCAACACUCUCAAGGAGGAGUACGAACAAGCGAACCGCAAACCCGUUGGCAUAGCCAGUCCACGGUUGAGCUCGGAUCGUCUGGCUAAGCCAGAAGUCCCACAAUCUCCGUCCAAGCAAACCCGCAGGGAAUCCUCUGAGCUGCCGAAGUACACCUUCGGUACCAACCUUAAGGAGAGACGAAGCCGCUUCCAACAGUUUCAGAAAUCGUUCAAAAAGAUGGAUGACGACAGCACUGAGGUGACUGUUCAGCAGAGUUUUUUCGUUCCAAUCUAAACCGUUCGAUCGAUCAAUUAACCCAAUAUAAAGACUUUCCGUAAUAUAAGCUUUCUUUUUGUAGGAUCUGACCUAUCACUAAUUAAAACUACCAACUAUUCGAUAGAGAAAUAAAAUUUCACCACGCUCUCCACACGA